AUUGCCUAGGUUUCCUUCCCUCCAAAAAAAAUUUCCGAGCUCCGUUGCCAAUUUGUUUCCUUUUUUCUCGAAGAAAAUUGAAAUAAGCAAAACCCUUAAACCCUCUCUCUCUCUCUCUCUCUCUCUCGCUCUCUCCAUCUCUCUCCGGCCUUGUCUCUCAACCCACUCCAAGUAGAUGUUAGCUAUUUCAAGGAUGAAGGCCUUCAUCUCCUCCGCCCCUCACGUUUCCAAGACCACACCUUUCGCCCUUUUAUCUUCCGCCUCCUCCUCCAAGUCCUUCUCCUUCAGCCCUCCUACCCUUUUCCAAAAACCCAAUAUUUUUCUCCCCAAAAGAUCUAUUUUUUCACCUCAGAACGUCCGAUGUCUGCAAAUGGAGGCGGAAUCUCACCAGCGCUCCGGUGAGAUUCACGUCAUCGUCGGCCCCAUGUUCGCCGGCAAGACCACCACGCUUCUUCGCAAAGUUCAGUCCGAGAGAGGCAACGGCAGAAAUGUUGCUAUAAUCAAAUCGAUCAAGGAUACAAGAUAUGGAUUGGAUUCAAUUGUGACACAUGACGGGGUCAAGUUGCCAUGCUGGCCUUUAAAAGAUUUAUCAUCGUUCAAACAAAAGUUUACCCCUGAGGCAUAUGAUAAGCUAGAUGUGAUUGGUAUCGAUGAAGCUCAAUUCUUUGAAGACCUGUAUGAUUUCUGCUCCGAAGCUGCUGAUCAUGAUGGUAAAAAGGUGAUAGUCGCCGGACUAGAUGGUGACUAUUUAAGGAGGAGCUUUGGUUCUGUGCUAGAUAUAAUUCCCCUUGCUGACUCUGUAACCAAGUUAACUGCUCGAUGCGAGCUUUGUGGGAAACGUGCUUUCUUUACACUAAGAAAGACGGAGGAGUUGCAGACUGAACUCAUUGGCGGGCCUGACGUCUACAUGCCUGUCUGCCGGCAACACUACGUUGGUGGCCAAGUAGCCAUAGAAGCUGCGAGAGUUGUGCUGGAGUCUCAAGUUCAGUGCGCGUCAUAGACAUAGUACCCUUUUCUGGUUAGUAAGAAGUAGUACAUGUAUUUUAGAACCUCAUUACAUGUCUUGUUGGAAAUUUUACCGGAGUAGGGUUUUCUUUCUUCCUAAUCUCUCUCCCCUUCCCUCCCCUCCUAUUUAAACAGUUAGGAUUCUUGAUCAAGAAUGUAUAUAUUUCUUUCCACCA